GUCAAGUCCUUGAAGUGCCCACCAAGAAACUUCGAUGUCAGGAAAACCAUAACAAAUUUCCUAUAAAUACAACUCUGCAGUGUCUCCCUUCUAUCAAACAACACCCGAAAAUUGCUCUUUUACCGAACCACUCCAAGUCUCCAACCCUUUUCCUUUCCUUUCGUUUUUCUAGAAAAGAUUCAGGUUUUGCAAAGCCCGUAAGAAUGGCUGAUGAAGUGAUUGUGUUGGACCAUGAACAUAGUCCUCCUGCUAACAGGGUCAGAAUUGCAUUGAAAGAAAAGGGCGUAGCCUUCGUGUCCAAACAAGAAGAUUUGCCGAAUAAGAAGAGUUCAUUGCUCUUAGAAAUGAACCCGGUGCAUAAACAGAUCCCUGUCCUAAUUCACAAUGGGAAGCCAGUUUGUGAAUCCCUCAUCAUUGUUGAAUACAUUGAUGAAGUCUGGAAUGACAAAUCUCCUUUGCUGCCAACUGAUCCUUAUGAGCGAGCUCACUCAAAGUUCUGGGCUGAUUAUAUAGACAAAAAGAUCUAUACUUCUGGAAGACCAGUGUUGACAACCAAGGGUGAAACCCAGGCAGCAGCCAUGAAAGAACUAAUAAGCAGCCUCAAAAUAUUGGAUGCAGAGCUUGGAGACAAACCUUACUUUGGGGGAAAGACUUUUGGCAUCACAGAUAUUGCCUUUAUACCCUUCUACAGCCGGUUUUAUACCCUGGAGAAGUUUGGAAACUUGAGCAUGAAUGAGGAGUGCCCAAAACUUGUUGCAUGGGGUGAAAGGUGCUUGCAGAGGGAAAGUGUAUCCACCACUAUGCGUAAUCAGUAUGAGACUUAUGACUUCAUGUUGGAGAUAAGGAAGAAGCUUGGAGUUGAGUGACCAGAAGCUUUGUGAUUUUCUCUGCGCAUCUCUUUUCCAUCUUCAUUCAUGAAAAAAACAAAAAAUUUGCAGGAUUAAGAAGAAUAAAUGUUACUUCCACCGUAGUUUUGAAGAUUCAGUUUGUGAUAACUUGUAUGGUUACUAUUAUAUUCAAAUAAACAUACAGACGAUGUUUAAUAUAA